UAUAAAAAGAAAUAUAACUUAAUUAAACAUAAAAAUAGUGUUCAUUUAAAUGUGAGAUUUAUUUGUGAUUUUGAUAAUGAAUGCCACAAAAAUUUUACAUCAAAACAAAAGUUAAUUCAACACAAACGUUGUGUUCAUUUGAAUGAAAGUAAAUUCAAUUGUAAUGAAAAAAAUUGUGGCCAAAGUUUCAAAUGCAGUUCACAUCUAAAUCAACACAAACGCAUCCAUUCGGGAGAAAACCCAUUUGUCUGUAUUUUCCAUGAUUGUAAUAAAAGUUUUACACAACAAUCUAAUUACGACAAACACAUGAAAAGUCAUAAUAAAAGAAUUCACACAAAUAUUUGGGAUAAUAAAUGCUUGCGGAUUGUCUCACGUCCUUUCUUUAAU